AUGAAAAAAGGAUCCUUUGAAAAAGGUUAUAUUCCAAAUUGGGGAGACCAAAUUUUACGAGUAGAUAAGGUUCAGGAUCAAUUUUUUCCUGUUCGAUAUAGAAUUAAUAAUGAAGAUGGAGAUAGGUUCAAAGGAUAUUACUAUGGAGAGGAGCUAGCUCGUGUCAAAAAGGAUGCUGAUACAGAAUAUAGGAUAGAGAAAGUCAUAAGAAAGAAAAAGAGAGCGGAUGGAACGUAUGAUGUUCUUGUAAAAUUUGUAGGAUAUCCCGAAAGGGAGUGGAUUCAUGAAACCCAACUUGUAUAA